AUGUUACUUCAGCAAGUACAUCAACAACAACAAGAAAAUAUGUCGAAUCUAACAUCUGCUUAUGGGGAUCAAGCAAGUGUCUCUUCUGGAACCAGAACUGAAGCAAGUGGUUCUAGUUACUUCACUAAUCAUCAACAACAGCAAGAACAACAACAGUUGAUUGUUCCUGAAUCUCAGCCUCAAAAAAGGAGGAGGAACCAACCAGGAAAUCCAGACCCAGAAUCAGAAGUGGUUGCUUUAUCACCAAAAACACUAAUGGCAACAAACAGAUUCGUGUGUGAGAUCUGCAACAAGGGAUUCCAAAGAGACCAGAAUCUACAGCUUCACAAGAGAGGUCACAAUCUGCCAUGGAAGCUGAAACAACGAUCCAACAAAGAAGUGAUAAGGAAGAAAGUGUAUGUCUGUCCAGAAGCAAGCUGUAUCCACCAUGACCCAUCUCGAGCUCUUGGUGACUUGACCGGAAUCAAGAAGCAUUUCUGCAGAAAGCAUGGCGAGAAGAAGUGGAAAUGUGACAAAUGCUCAAAGAAAUAUGCCGUUCAGUCAGAUUGCAAGGCCCAUUCUAAGACCUGUGGCACCAAAGAAUACAGAUGUGACUGUGGCACUAUCUUUUCUAGGAGGGAUAGUUUCAUAACUCAUAGAGCAUUUUGUGAAGCACUGGCUAAAGAGACUGCCAGAGAAGUAGUAAUACCACAAAACCAUAAUCAUCAACCCAACCAUAUUUUAAUUAACCAGUCCACUUCUAAUCUUCAUCAUCAAGCACAACCAAACAUGAACGUCUCUUCCCACAACAUCAUCAAUAGCCUUCACUUUAAAACCAACAACAGUGGUACUAACAAUAGUAAUAGUAGCAGAACCCAUCUUCCAGUAAAGAAAGAGAAACAACAAAGCAACGAUCAUAUCAUCAACUACCACAACCGAAGCAUACCUCCUUGGCUUGCGUCUCAAGAUCUUACAUUUUCAAACCCUAACCCUAAUAAUAGUGGAGAAUGUUUAUUCUCUCUUGCAGCUUCCCCGGCUAUGUCAGCCACCGCAUUGCUCCAGAAAGCAGCCCUAAUGGGUUCCACAAAGACACCUCGUUUACCACUGACCACGGACUUCGAGAGUUCAGCUCAUCAUAGCAACCUCACCACGACAAUGGCGGCAAUGAUGACGUCACCAUCUGGAUUUUUCAGCUCCAACAACAACAAUAAUAAUCAAGUUUCGUUUCAAGGCUACCACGGUGGAGAAGAAGCCUUAGACGACACAUACAGUGUCUUCUUGAGGACAAACGCUGAUACUACAAGUACAACCACAGGUUCAGACAAGAAUAAAAGCAGUGGAGUAGGAGAAGGUUUGACGAGAGACUUUUUGGGGCUAAGACCGUUAAUGUCACAUAACGAGAUUCUAAGUUUUGGCGAUCAGCUUCAUCCAAAGCCUUGGCAGGGUUAG